CACCUAGCUGGAUUCUUGGUCGUUCUUGUCCGGUGUCCUGCCCUGAUUGGCCAAUGAUGGAUAUACCGGAGGAGAAGAUCCUGGAGAUCCAUGUGAAUGGCUUGGAUGGUGAAGAGAUUGUGCUGAAAGUACCGGACUCAAUGACAGUGCGGGAGCUCAGAUGCACCGUAGCGGCGCAGCUGCCGGAGAAGACUGGAGCCUUCAUCUCAUUGCAACACCAGGCCUCCAUGCUCUCGUUGAAGCGGACAUUGAAGGAGGCAGGUCUGGCAGGACCAGUUGAAACCUUGAACUACAUCUACAUGCCUGCGAACGUGCACCACGCCUGGAAAUUCCUCAAGAAGCUCCCAGUGAACGAGGGAGAAGUGGCGAUGCAGGGCAUUAAAGUCAUUGAUGGGAUCCGCUACAAAGAUCAGAUGACGGAUCUGCCCGACGGCUUGGAAGAGUUAGGUUUUCACUCCGCGUGCAACGUGCGCCUGGAAGAAGUGGACGUGCCACGAAGCUUGCGCACUUUGACCUAUGGUGCCGCCUUCAAUCAGCCCUUAGAGUUCAUGAACUGGCCCGACCUGCAGGUGCUGAACUUCGGCCUUUUGUUUGACCAGGAGCUGAAAGAGGUGAUCUUCCCUGCGACUUUGAAGUCCUUGAGCUUCAGCGACCACUUCAAUCAUCGCUUGGAGAAAGCCCGCCUUCCACAAGGCUUGAAGACCCUGGUCCUGGGGAAGAGGUUCAAACAGGACUUGGAUCAGGUGGUGUUUCCUCCGAAUCUCGAGACGUUUCAGAUCGGCGAUCAGUUCAACUUGCCCGUGGACAAGGUCACAUUUCCUAGCAAGCUGAAGACGUUGAAGUUUGGCAACGCGUGGAACCGAAGCCUAGAGAGGGUGAACUUUCCCGAGAGCCUGGAGAAACUGAUUUUCGGCUCCGACUUCAACCAGAGUUUGACCGUGGCCAAGUUGCCAGAGAACCUCCAGUUGUUGGCGGUGAGCGAUGCCUUUGACCAAUGCUUUGGUGAUGCGCUGCCGGUGAAUCUGAAGGAGUUGGAGUUCCGCUUUCGGAGUAUUUGGAACCAUCCCUUGGAUGACAUGACGUUGCCUCGGAGCUUGGAGACACUGACCUUCGCCAGCAAGUUCAACCAAAGCCUUAGCCAGGUGAGCCAACUCACCAACCUCAAAAGGCUGGUGCUUGCGGAGAGCUUUACCUACCGGUUGGCCGACUUCGAGUUGCCAAACAGCUUGGAGAGUUUGACUGUGGGCAGCACUGUGAACUUGAGGGAUGCCAAGCUGCCGCCCAGCUUGAGGCAGUUCAGCUUCGAUUGGGAGUUCGACGAAAGUAUUGACGAUGUGGAGUUCCCCGAUUCGAUCGAAGACCUUCACCUGGGGCGGGUCUUUGACCAGAGCCUGGACCGCGUGCUUUGGCCACGGCGUCUUCAGACGUUGAGCUUUGGGACGCACUUCAACCAACCCAUCUCGAAGGCAAAGUUUCCGGAUACUUUGAAGAGUAUCUCCUUUGGGAUGAUGUUCAACCAAUCAUUGGACCAAGUGGCGUUGCCCUCACGGCUGGAAUCCCUGAGCUUUGGCUGGGCCUUCAAUCACAGUCUCGACCAGGUGAUCUUACCUGAGACCUUGACCAGCCUGGUGAUGGGUGACGGCUUCAACCACUCCUUAGAACGUGUGAAAUUCCCUGACGGACUGCAGCAUUUGGCCUUUGGCCGUGCCUUCAAUCAGAACUUGAAUCAAAUCAUUUUGCCGAACUUAACGACCCUGAUCUUCAACGAUCACGACUGGAAUGAGCGGUUCCAGGACCUGGAGCAUGCCAACUUACCACGAAGCCUCACCACGCUGAGCUGUCAAGGAGUGGUGAUCAGCUCCAAAAACGAAGCCCAUCGGAUGGAGGAGUCCUAGACCGCCGGUUUUAGGCGGUUUGAGGCGACUGCGCCACCCAAAGGCACUGAGCUUGGGCACCGACCCUUGAGGGCAGGUUUUUC